AUGAGUGUUCAGAGUAAUCAUCAUGCGUCCAGUCCACUCUGUAGUGGCAACAAAUCGAAGAAAUCUAAAACAGAUGUGCUAAGGGCGGCAGUGGGUCGCCUCUAUCUCAAGCAAAAAUGUUUUGUGGGUUCGGAUAAGUUUCGCAAAUCCGAUUUUGCCUUGCUGCAGAACAAGAAAAACUUCGUUCUACAAAAAAUGAUUGAUGCCGAUUUGCAUGGCGGCAACUCGUUUGUCUACUCCAAUGUUUUGUGUUUGACCAACAACUACAACAUGGUGGAUCAACAAUUUGCCAAAUAUUCACAAUUUGUGGAAUCCCAGCCGGAAGAAAUACGCUCGGAGCUGAAACGUUUCUAUGGUCCAAUGUUGUGCCACUUAUAUUUGGAACUAAUCAAAGGCCGUGAAACCAAAGCUGCUGUAGAUUUUUUACGUAAAUAUUCACAUUUACUGGCAGCUGUGGACACCUACGAAGCACCCUUUCCAACCAAAAUAAAUGGUUGCUCCGUACCCUCGGCCGAUUUGAAUAUGUCCGAUUCAGCCUGGCAACAUUUAAAUAUACGCUAUACUCGAGAAUCCUUUGCCGAAGAUGAUCCUGAAUUGGAAUUCUUUAUGAAAUUGAUACAAAAACUAUCGGCCUGCCAGAAACUUGAAACAUUGGAACAAGAUCCCGAAGUAGCCCAAUAUAGAUCAUCGAAAUAUGAAAUACACACCAAUGAAUCGGUUGUGAAUGCUUUGAAAACAUUUUUGGAAAAACGUGGUCAUGUUUUAAUAUUAAAUCUCAUUUACACAUGGAUACACAUUCACAUAAUAGAUAAUGAAGUGCGUCAACUAUCCGAAGAUACAAUAUUUAUGCCAGCAGAUGAAUUGCCGCCUCAGGAUGAUGAUGAGGAUAAUGAAGUGCCAGUGGUUAAAUCGAAAUCUCAUUCUUCCAGCAGUGAAAGAAGUUCGAAUAAACGUUCAGCUGAGGAACCGGCGGAGGUACAAAUUAAAACAGAGAUGGAUGCAAACGAGGGCAAAGUUAGUGGUUACAAUGUUAAGGAUUGUCUGAAAUCCCUCAAAGAAUGUCGUGAACAAAUAUUUAAAAAUCCUUUAGAAUAUCCACGUGUUGUUAAGAUUGCCGAUAAAAAUCAGGGUUUAACAUCCGCCAACUUAGAUCCUUUGGAAUGUCAUUUGGUAGCGGGCUUUGAUAAUUCCGUUAUACAAUUAUGGCAAAUGAAUCAACACUUUACACAAGGUAGAAAUCUCUAUGGGCGUAAUUUAUCGAAACACUGUCGAUGGGAUCUAAAUAAUUUCUGUGAAGAAAAUGAAGAUGAAAUGGAAGAGAGCAUCAAGGAAUUACACUCAAGUCAAGACUUGCAACUGGAAUAUGUAAAGGGAAAAUACUACGAAAAGAAAUAUGAAGAUAAUUCCUAUAAUGCAUUUGGUGGAGUUAGCCUGCGGGGCCAUGGAGCCGGUGUAACCGAUGUUCGCUUUUCCCAACAAUAUCCGCUUAUCUACAGUGUUUCCAAAGACACCACAAUGCGUUGUUGGGGUUCGGAAAAUCUUCAAACGGCGGCAAUUUAUCGGGGACAUCGUUAUCCCAUUUGGUGUAUGGAUGAAAGUCCGGUGGGUAUGUAUGUGGCAACGGGUUCAAAGGAUUUAACGGCGCGACUGUGGUCCUUGGAAAGGGAAUUUCCUUUGAUUACUUAUGCUGGGCAUACACAAGAUGUUGAGUGUUUGGCAUUCCAUCCCAAUGGUAAUUAUAUUGCCACUGGUUCCGCUGAUUUUUCAGUACGCCUGUGGUGUGUUACCAGUGGCAAAUUAAUGCGUGUCUUUUCCGAUUGUAAACAACCCGUGUGUAGUCUCAUCUUUAGUCCAGAUGGUAAAAUGUUGGCCGCCGGUGGUGAGGAAUCAAAAAUACGAAUUUUUGAUUUAGCAGCUGGUUCACAAUUGAAUGAGCUGAAAGAUCACACAGCCACUGUUACAAAUAUUGUAUGGAGUUCAAAUGGCCGUUACAUUGCAUCGGCUAGUCGUGAUGGUAGCCUAAGAAUAUGGGAUGUCAAGAAGUUAUCAGCAAUGAGUGAAAGCAGUUCAUCGUCUUCAUCAUCAUCGGCAACGUUGAAUCGUGUUGUAGCCCUACCCACCAAUUGCCAACGUUUGGUAAAAAUAUUUUUCAGCAAUAAUGAAAGUAUUUCAUGUUUAGGUUGUUAA